AUGUCACCUCAGCUGCUUUUCCUUGUCGGUUGGCGAGAACUCUCUAGUGUAGAGGUAUCAAUGAUCAACGAGAGAGACAACAAUACUAUUGGCGGCUGUUUAGCUUGGAGCUACUAUUUCGACUACUUGAAACUGGUGCUUCCACACCUUAAUGAAGGGAUCCUUCAAUCAGUGUACAGGUACAAGAUUGAAAAAAGAAAGCUCUUCAUAUUGCUUCCAAGAAACACGAUAAACAUGUUAUUGUAAUUUCUUCGGCUGAGUUCUUUAACAGUUGCAGGAAAUCUUGAGUCAUAUGAAAUUAACAGAGGUGGGAUAUUAAAGAAACCCUAUAAGCACACCGUCCACCGAAUAGAGAUGCCACGCCCAGAUGGAGAGAUUGAUGUAUAUUAUUUGGUUCUUGAGUAUGCUUUCCCCUUGAUGUCCCUGUUCGAAAUGUCUCAGCAUGUAGAGUGUGGCCUGAGUCGAAGAGACCGAGAUGAACAGGUAACUUUCAGCCUUGUUUCAGAAAUACAGUCUAAGCUCCCUUUAGUGGACGCCCUCACGAAGAUGGCCAUUCAUGGGAAUGGCUUUUGGAAACUGAGAGUUCAAAUAUGGUUUUGUCAUGGUAGCUGUAAGUAGAGCUUUCAGCUUCUAGUGUUUCAAUAAAGAGAGCUUAUACUGUACUAAGGAAUUAUUGAAAAAGGUUGAGCUAGUAUGAUAUGAAGAAUUAUUCAGAGCGGGGAGUUAUUACCCAGGGUGGAUAACAACCUCCACGAUCUGCAUAAUGCUUUAUAUAGUACAAAUACAAAAUUCAAUUAUGCCCCAGUCAUUUGAAAUCUCCAGACUAUCCCUUUCUUCAUAACCAGGGUAAUACACUUCAUAUUCACUCUGUUUUGGUCCACUGUUGCACUAGAAUUCAAGAUCUAAACCUCCUGGAAUGGCAAGUAGGCACCACACUCACAUUGUGUUAAGCAGUUUUCAUUUUUCUACCACAAGUAAUUUUGCACAUAUCAUCAUUACUUCUUUAUUAAACUAAAAGGUAGAAAAUGUUUUGUGGUGUCUUUCUUGCACUGAUGGAAGGAGGCUGCUGUAGACAUUGAUCUACAAAGUCUAGUCAAGAAAGGUAGGCAUUGUGUUGAUAAAUUUUAUACACAACUGACUGCCCGUAAAUACAGCCGUCUCUCCUCGCUCCUCUCCACUAUGGACGUUUUGUGGGAAACACCCCUCUCUGUUUUUGCAAGUAUCCCAGGGGAAUACCUGUCUUAAUGUCACCAGUCUUAAUGAAAACCGAGACAUUUGUAAGGGUCAUAUCCAAGCGGGAAACAGCAUACACAAGGCUGUGUUCUGGCAGAGCCCAGUGGCCCCUGGCAAGGGGGCCUAACUUUUGCUCUUCCGUGACUAGAAAAUCUUACAUUUUGCAUACAAAUUAUAUGCUGAGCUCCCCAGAUUUGAAACUUGUGUGAUAGGGGGACUGGAGCCCAGUAAUUUAGGGGAUUGGUAAUGAGCAAAAUCCAUCGCCAACGUCCCCAAUGAUCACCAACCAUCGCAGAAAUCUGGGACUCGUCGGGAAAAUAGAAAUGCCCCCAAUUCUCCAGAUUUGUCCCCUUCCAUCCCAGACGAUCGGGGAUAUCUACGAUUUUGAGUUUUCGUUAGUCGGCAAAAUCUGGGACAGUCGGGAAACAGUAAACUCCCCGAUCGUCUGGGAUUUUCCCUACAUAUGAAAAUCAGGCUUAAAGGUGCCUUUCCAAGCAAUUUGUUUUAAGGAAAAAAGUGACUGAGCAUCCCACCAUUAGAGUGUGUGUAAUUAAUGUCCAACAUGGCAGAAACAUUAGUCUUGUGUAGGUAUGAGUGCUAACUACCAUAUUUUUUUGGUUAUAAGGUACACUCAGUUAUAAGACACACUUCCAAUGGAUUUUUUUUUUAAUUAAACAAACUGAAAAUUAAGCUAAAAUACCCAGUUAUAAGGUGCAACUACAAUUUUUGGUGAUGUUCACCUAAACUACGACAACAUGCUUUCCAGUGUCACUAAUCACAGUCAUUCACCUAUGUGAAAAAAAGUGAAAAAAUUACAUAUUUCGAUCAAAAGUGGAAAAAUCACACCUAUUGAAAUAAGCAUUGUGUCCUAAAGCUGUGAAUACUUAGUGACCCAUUUUUAGAUCCAUAAACAAGUCAGCUGUCUUGGUUGUGCAGCAUAUUUACAUCAGUAGAGCAUCACUAGUUUCAAGAUAAAAUCCAUUGCAUAAUGCAUUAGGGUGAUAAUAAUAAUAUUAAUUAUUGUUUCAUUGGAAGAGCUUUGAAAAUGUACGAUCUUUUAUACUCUAUCUUGGAACAUGUGAAACAGAACUCAUAAAUAUGUACGUUGUACGGUUCACGAUAGCCGAAUUCGGUCAGAAAUGUCUUGAAGCAUCCACACUUAAAUAUGAACCCUUAAAUAGCUGCAUCACUGUACACAGCAUUUGAAUCAUGAAUAUAUUUAAUGCAAUGCUUUUAAACACCUGUAGCUGUAAUAAAAGACGAAAAAUUGUGAAGAAUCAAGAAGGCAGUCUCAAAGUGCCCUUGUUCGACCUUCAGCAGUGCCAUGUUUAAUAGAUGGCAAGAUCUCAUUGGUUCCUAAGCAUCAACUCAUAGUACGUUCAACCUUAUUGGCUCUUGCAACAAACAUCCAAACAUACAAAGCCACAAGAUACAAAGCCACAAAGAUACAUAUGCUCACACAAUAAGUCAAUUUUUUUAAAACCAGCUAAAUUUUUCAGUGGAAAUUUGAACCUUGAUGAGGUUGUCAAAAAGACAGAAAAAAGUGUGGAGACAAAAACUGGUAGAAAAAAAAAUCACGCAGAAGCAAUGCAGACCUGUGUAUUUGUCAGUGAAUAAAGUUUGCAUUCACCUCUGUCUACUUUACCUGCAUCUUAAAGAAAAUGGCAAAACAGUUGCUAAAUGUCUCUGACGGGAUUUUAGUUUUAUAAUGGCUUGUUGUUUCAAAGUUCAACACUGUUUAACUGGUUUGUUUCUCUUGCUCUUGGUUAGCAAAAUCCUAUACUUUUUUGUUUGUUGUAGUCUGUUUGAUUUCUGUUUUUAUAAUUUUUUAACUUUGACUUCUGAGAGGUCUGAAUGGUAGUUAACACUCGGGUCGGUGUUAUUUACAAACUUGCUUCUGGAAAUUUUGGUAGAAUUGAAAGUGCCUGUGGCUAUCCGCUCUAUUUUCAGCAGGAAAAUGUGGAGACUUCAAAUAUCGCCUGGAUUUUUUCGUGAAAUGCUACCUGUUAGAUACCACAAAAUAUGCAAAAGGUUUCUAGCUUUCUGUUUGGCUGUAUUCUUCAUGGCAUGGGAUAAAUAACAUUAUCUCUGGUACUGUUGAUCUUUUAAAGGCAGUUUUCCAACCAGGUGGCUGCUCUUUAAUACCCAAUGACUGUCAAGUAGAGCUACAGUGUUUGGCAGCUGCAUAGUUUCUAUGGUAGAGUCACACGGACUAGAUUUGCACCAGUUAUCCGUAUGAUAUAUCCCAUCACUCAUACUUGGAUAGUAGUAUAUCUGGAGGCAAAAUGUGAAGAGUUUUGUUUGCGAGAUGCUGGAGGGCUCAUAGGCUCACCCUUCGGCCUUUCGCAAACAAAACUCUUCACAUUGUUGCCUCCCAAUAUACUACUUGGGUGGACAGCACCACUUAAACCAACGUAAAAUUGUUCACACCACACAAACAAACAACAAACGAAAGGCCGCCUAUCGGAGAACAGUUUUUUGCCCGGCUGUGGUGCAAGCCAGUCGAUUGCACCCUGUUAGAUAUUUGCACACACACUGUCUAAUGGCUGGUAAACUUGCUGAUCUGAGUGGCGAAGUAGAACCUAUCACUGCUGCCACAAAGCAAAGGCUCUUGAGUUUGCCCUCAAACCUGCCUUUUCCCAGUGAGUAUCGGCCAACAGGACCCCCGAGGUCGUGUUUGCCAUAUCCCAAGGUAACAAUGUGAAGAGUUUUGUUUGUGAGGGGUGGGAGGGUUAGCCUGUGAGCCCUCCGGCCUCUCGCAAACAAAAGUCUUCACAUUUAGCCUCUGGAUAUACAACUUGGAUAGAGUGCAGGAAUACAAAUUAGAAGUAUAUGGAUACUUCUACGUAGUACUUUCUCUAAUAUAUUCUGCUUUUAAUUAAAUAAUUGUAUUACAGGGCUCAAUUAUUUUACACCUCCAUUACUUUUUUAUCGUAAAAGUAUUAAAAUCCUAUGGCCAGAAUGCAGAACACACACCUUGAUGGAGUCUGUGUUUAGAAACAUUUCUGUCAAAACAAAAGGGUGCUUUUUUAUACUGUUUACAGUAGGAGCUGUAAAAUUUACACAGUUUUCCUUUUUAAUUCUUAUAUCUUAAUUAGAUGAAAUAAAUUUUGAAGUCUCAUUUAGAUCAAAUGUAUUACUAUUAAGGUUACUGGAUGUGUGUGAUGGCUUACCACCUCUUAUUGCUCCCCACUACUCAUCAGGCUGGCUCUCUCUUGCUCUAAAUGCCCCAAGCAACAGGAAGUUAUCAGCCAAAAGCAUUUUUUCCCUUGUUGAAACAAGCAACUAGAUGUCAAGACCUAAAAUCAAAGAUUUAGCUUGCGCUCUUAUUUGUUUAUUUUCUUAGUAACCCAUUUACAUGUGUACCUACCUACCUUUUGGUGCUGAAAAGAUGCCUACAUCACUGUGCUCUUUUAGAUUAAAACCCACACAAUACCUUUCAAGGCAUUAUUGUGCAACUUUGUCUCAAUCUAGACUAUGCUUUCCACAGGCAGGCCAUUAAUGUGUUUGACCUUAUAAAUGUGGUAUUAACCAGUGAUUUUUCGUAAAACUGUGUUUGUUUUGACAGAUGGUGAUGUUUUUCUACAAAUUAAGAGAAAUCUUGGAUGGUUGUAAAGAUUGUAGCGGAAAGUAUGAACUAGUGCCAAUCUCUGGAGCAAGGGAGGAAAUUGCAGAUGAGUUGGUACGCAUUCUUCAAGAACCUUUUGAUAUAUGGUGA